AUGGGUUGCUCUGGUGAUCGCGAAAAGGGUCCUGUAAAGCUGGAGGAGCAAUGGGACUAUGUGAAUCUUGAUGACUUCAAAUCCGAUUCAUGCUGGACACCUUUCUCAUACAUUUUUCUAUGGAUAAUGCUCAUCGUGUCGGUAUCAGUCUAUGGUGUCGACAUUUUUACCGCUGUCAAUCUUCUGGCAUUUUCCCGUUGGUCUGGCCGCGUCGAACCUGCCAUCCCCUUCAGAAUCUCCCGUUGGAUCUUUGCCGUAUGCAUCUUAGUGUCGCUCGCUCUUUUGGUGUACCGAUGGAUAUUUGCAAUCCGAGCAAUGCGCUCUGGCAGUAUUACCAAAAGUUACCUUGACCCGCUUGCCGUCCGCAUUCAAAGUUUCCGUGUCAUUGAAAAAAACGGCCGUGGAUGGAAAAGGUUUCUGGUCUUUGCUGAGUUGACAAAAAGUAAGAAGGGAGCUGAGAUUGUCGCCUUGUAUACCUAUUUCUCCUUCCAGUUCUGGAUGAACACGAUUUUUGCGGAUGGGCCACGUCAAGUUCUCAAUGCUAUCACUCUGUACUCUGUCAUGAAGCUGGAUCUUCUUCCGGGAGGGAAGAACACCACAAGUGAUGACAACAGCUCUGCCAUUUUGCAAUUCUUCAACAAUAUCAAGAUUCUUGCUGAGGAUAACAAUCUCCAAGCUGUGGUCUUGUUUGGUAUGCUCUUUACAUUGAUCAUCUGGGUGCUGUCUGUUUUGAAGCUCGCCUCAGCAGUCAUCCUUUACUUGAUCUUUUUGUUUCACCACAUCCCAGCCGAGGACGGAUCCCUCAAGGCGUAUUGCCGACGCAAGAUUAGCACACGACUAACAGGAAUUGUACGGCGCAAAGUCGACAAAGCCUUGGCAAAAGGUCUGCAACUACAAGACCGUGUACCGACCCGACCAGGUCUGGCAACCGCAGACUCCAAACCUACCCUGCCUACUAUCGAUAUGGACAAGACCCCGGUUGUGACUACAUUGUCGCGCAGCACUACCGAAACGACAUUGCCUCCUUAUACGCGCUCGAACUCCACUCGAACAGAAAGAAUGCCAACUUUGCCGAAUCUCGAAAUGGACAUCAAACCACCACUGACUCGGACUACGACCAAGUCCUCGGCCAUAUCGACCGACUCGGCCCCUUUGACUGCGAAUGCGGCUCCAAUGGGAUACAGUCCUUUCGAUCGCCAGCCAGCUCCAAUACCCCCGGUUCCACCAUUGCCUACCAGUGUACCGUCAAGGAUGGGCUCUCACUCGCACCCCAACGGUAACCCUCCAUACGCAAACGAACCUGAUUACCCGUCUGGGUACCGGAAUUUGACAGACUUCGGAGCACAGCCACCUCGCACGUACACUCCUGCUGAUCCUUAUGGCACAUCGCCUCCCCACGUUGAUACCUCCCAUGGCUAUUAUGAUCACUCGGAUUCUGCUGGACAUUACGAUCGAUACGGAGCUUCUGGUGAUGUCUACGAAGAUGACGAAUUUGACAGCUAUGCCACGCCUCCCAUCCAUGGACACAACCUUGCACAGCAAGGGUAUCCUCAAGACGGAUAUCAAGCGAGAUCCUAUACUCCAGCCUCCGCUGCUGCGGACCGCUCUCAGGAUCCAUACCAGGCUAGAUCAUACACCCCCGCAAGCACAGGGGGAACAUACCGCUCUGAGGAUCCAUAUCAGGCUAGAUCUUAUACUCCGGCAAGCUCCACUGCGACUCGUCCGCCGGAUGGAUAUCAGUCAUAUAGUCCUAUCAAUGCAACAGUGGGAUCACAGUCCCAAGACGGAUACCAGAAUAGAUCCUACACUCCUGCUAGUACGAGCUUACCCGACCCCCAAGAUGCAUGGCAGGAUCGAUCAUACACUCCUGCAAUCACCGCGGCAACGCCUCACCCAAGGAGUGCUCCACCACUUCGUACAAUGACCCCAGCCAGCAGAACCACACCGGCUCCACAAACGGACCAGUCUAUGCGACCGCCGCGAACGUUCAAUCCCAUGAGUUCAGAGAGCUCUGUACCUCCAACUACCGGGUACAAGGCCUUUAAUCCCUCAACUUCACAAACACCCCAGCCUCGCAUGCCCCGUGUUCCACCACCUGCAGGCUACCUGCCAUUUACCCGAGCCAACACUGCGUCGCCAUCGACAAUGAACCGGAAUGGCUCUCCUGCCGGAUACUCAUUUAAUCGAUCACACACCGACCAGUUCUGA